GUACACCAACAAGAGACUAACUGGGCUGAGCCUGUUUCAGAAUCAUGGAUCCCAGAGACACCAUCCUUCUCUGUUUUGUGCUCUGUCAGAGCCAGAAGAUUUGGGCACAGGAAGGGGAUUUUCCUAUUCCUGUCAUAUCUGCCACACCUGGUUCUAUGAUUCCCUGGAAUGAGUCUGUGAAGAUCCUGUGUUGGGGGACUCCUGAGUCUUACUUGUACCAACUGGAAAUCCUGAGAAACUUCACUUUCGAGGUGGUGGAGAAGAAACUGGGAUUUCAGAAUGAUGCUGAAUUCCUCAUUAAACACAUGAAUCCAAACACUGCUGGGCGUUAUCAGUGCCAGUAUAGGAAACAGGACCACUGGUCAGAGCACAGUAAAGCCUUGGAGCUGAUGGUGACAGGCUUCUACAACAAACCCUUCCUUGCUGCUGACCAGGGUACUGUGGUGAUGCUAGGGAAGAAUAUCUCCCUGCGGUGCAGUUCAGCACACAUCCCAUUUGAUAGAUUUUCACUGACCAAGGAAGGAGGAGCUGCCCUGGGGGACAGAACCAAACUGGGGAACACCAAGGCGACUUCACAGAACCAAACUGGGGGACACCAAGGCGACUUCAUUCUAGGUCCUGUGAACCAAAGCUUCUCAGGGAACUACAGGUGCUAUGGUUGGUACAGUAGAAGCCCUUAUGUGUGGUCAGCCCCCAGUGAUGCCCUGAGGCUUGAGGUCACAGAUAUAAUGAAACAAGAUUACACAAUGGGAAAUUUGAUCCGAAUGAGUGUGGCAGUGCUGGUCCUUGUGGCUCUCUUGGUCAUACUGGUUGAAAAUUGGCACAGCCAUCAGACUCUAAACCAGGAAGACAGAGCAGAUUUUCCUGAGCUGAGCUGGAGUAAACUGAAAGACAUGUGGACCUUUGAACAAACCCCUGACAGCCACAAGGUAGACACAAAUCACUGAAUUAGAAAUGAGUCAGCACUUGUGGAGUCCUGCAGAGCUACUGGGAGAACAAAAGAGAGAAAGAGGCACUAACAAUUUUGGAUCCAUUUUCAAACCAAUGGUAUUUUCUUACACAUAUCUGAUAUAGUUAUGCACCACCUUUCUAGAUGUUGGUGAUAAAAUUCUUGGUAUAGUCUUGGUUUAACUCAUUCCUUGAUAAAAAUCAUGCAAUGCAUUCUCAGUUCUCAUUGCUGACUGUUUUUCUCCCAGCCUCUACAGAAGGUCUGGCUCAAAAUUUCAAUCUGUCUGGAAUUUAUCAGCAAAACUAGAUAUCCUCACCACCUUCUAGGUAAGACCUUAACACUUAGAAUUCCAUAAAUUAUUAAUGCUACUAAUUAAUUAUUAAUAAUGU